CGGAGUAUGUGUUUACAGCGCGAACAGAGUGGUCAACAAACUUUAAUCAUGUUCUGUCCCUAUUGUGGAAAACAAUUUUCGUCAUUACCGUAUUUUUGUAAUGCGUGUGGGAAGGCAUUGGCCAUUUUUAAAGAGCAGGGCUUCAAGGAUGACGCCAGUGGCCCCAUUUCAGCAACAGCAGCAGCAGCAGCAGCAGCACCGAACAUGCCAACCCUGAAAACCUUCUUAGACUAUCGGAAGAAAAAGUCAGAGGAAAGGCAGAACUUCAGCUUACAGAAGAAAGGCAUGAAGAAAAAAGAACCGAGGAAAGUGAACAUUAAUAUUGGAAUCAUGUGCUCUCAGAAUGACUCCCUGAAAGUGGUCAGAGGUAGAACACUUCCACUCAUUGUUGAGCCAGACAUAGAUGCUUUGGGGCUGCGUCUACUGGCAGUCAAGAAGAUGACGGACUUUAACAACGACUUCCAAGAGGGUCCUUAUGUAUUGAUGUACCCAGACAAAACGGAAGUUGUCACCAUUCCUGGGACUUCUAGGCCAUUCAUCCUCAGAGACUAUAAAUCCGAAAUAGGAAAACCAUACAGCCGGAUCACAUUGUUCAUCUGUCUGCGAGCAGAGUAUGAACAAUAUCAACAUGAAACAUCAGACACAGAGGAUGAAAUCUGCGUGCGGAGUAGAAGUGCAGCAGAAUUUGAUAUUGCUGACACACUACCCUGGGAACCAGAUAUGAGAAGUACACCAAAAAACACUGCAGAGAAGAAAAGCAUUUCUUCUGGAGCAUCAAAGCAGAGUGUAAUGGAAGAGAUAUGUAUAUCAGAUACUGAUGACCCUUUGGAGGGUACUUCUGGAAACACGGAGAGUGCUUCAAGUUUUGCAGAUGCAGCCCUUGCCACCACAGCAGCAGCAAAGAAAACUGACCUCUACAGCAUGUACACACAACUCUAUGCUCCUAUUGAUGACAUGGAAAUUAACAAUGAAGAUGUGAUUGUAUCAAGUGCUAAACCUGCAAAGACACCUGAUGACACAGGAAUUCCUGCAGCUGAGAUAAUUCAGGAAUUAGCAGGUGUAAUUGACCACAAAAGUGUCAGUAGAUUCAACAUAGUACGGUCAAAUGUUUGGGAUGGAGCUGCAAGAGGUUUUAGACGUUCAACCUUCUCUGAAAAAAGUGACUUGCUUGUAAAGUUCACUGAUGAUGCAGGCUCCAUGGAAGAGGGGCUGGACACUGGUGGUCCAGCGCGAGAAUUUCUCACACUUUUGAUUAGCCAUUUGCAGUCUCGACCCAUUUUUGAAGGACCUCCGGAGAGUCGAUAUUUAGUGUACAAUCCUGCAGCAAUCAGGGAGGACGAGUAUUUCAUGGCAGGAAAAAUGAUAGCUGUGUCCAUCGUUCAUGGAGGACCAGGCCCACAUUUUCUUUCCAGAGACCUGGUGAAUCACAUUGUUGGACAACCAAGCUUUUGUGCAAAUGUCAAGGAUGUUACUGAUGAUGAGAUAGGGAGAGCUCUUCAUGAGAUUGAGUCUGCAGAUUCAUUGAGGUCCCUUCAAGACCAGGUAUUGAAACAUAGCUCUCUGCUACAAACAGCUGGAUGUUUCCAGCACGUCAGCAAUAUUGAGGAGAAGCACACCAUCGUGGAAGACUACCUUAAAUGGUACAUAAUUGGACGCAAUACAAGCGUGAUUGAAAGAUUCAAAGAUGGACUGGCCAGCCUCAUGUUUUUGGAGGCCCUCUGCCAACACCCAGCUGUCCUUGCACCAGUGCUGUGUUGCAAAGACAAGAAACUGACUGCCAUGGACAUUGAAGAGCUCUUCAUGCCUCUGCUUAGUCCAGUGGGAAGCAAUAAGAGAAGGACAGAGAGCCAGGUCCUCAGCUUCUGGUCAGACUACAUCAUGGACUGUGAAGAACAAGGGCCAGUUUCACUGGAGGAGUUGCUGAUGUUUGCCACGGGCCUGAGGUCACUUCCACCAGCGGGAAUGACUCCGCAUCCAAGCCUUUCAUUUCUAGAAGAGUCCAUGUAUCCAAUGGCAAAUACCUGCUCCAACACCAUCAAACUUCCUCUUUUACCAGCAUAUGACCUCUUCAAAAAAAAUAUGGACUUUGGUAUACAGAACUCACCAGGUUUUGGAUGUCAUUGAAAAAGCAAAAGAACCAACUUUAAGGUUGGCAGCUCCUGUUGGGAACAUUCAGUUUGUUAAAAUUUCAGUGCCUCUGAUGACGAAAGGAGUAAUAUUUCAGUCCGUUUGUAACCAUCCCAAAAAAUAGUGGUGUAACGUCACAAUGAUAAUUACUUUUUGUUUUAAACAUUUUGUUUAAUUUUGUUUCUUCUUCCAUUUGAAUCUUUUUUCAUUGUAAACACUGCGGUUUUGUCAAGCUUUGUGAUCUGGAGAUAAACUCAGAAUUUUUUUUAAUGUGGUAAGUUUCAGAAAUCCACAUAAGGUCAACAUUAUUUAUACCUGUGAUCAGUAUAGUUUUAGUGGUUGGUCUUAAUCGUACAAGGUUUAUUUGGUGUUUACACUGGUUAUUAAGAUAUUACCCAAACGAUAUCAAAAGAACAGUGUUGACUAUGUCAUGUGAAAAUUAUGUUCAGGUGCUUAGAGAGCAAGUGAAAUCCAAUUACAAGUGGCAACUUUUUAAUGCAAAUUUUGAUCACUCAUUUGUUUUGCUGUUCAUUCACUCAGGAAGAUAUUUAAAUCAGAUGCAAACAGUCUCUUGGAGAACAUUACUUACAGACAACAAGACUAGGUUAAACCUAGUAUAUGGCUGACCUCAUCUAUCUGGGAUGUCUGUAGUAAAGCCUGGCUGACUUGUGUGUUCUGGCAAAGUGACUUUUUGUUGGGGUGUAACUGUUCUGUCCCUAAUGUCUGUUGGUUGAGAAUGGAAUGGUCCUAAUUCCUGGUCUGUUCAGAUAUCUGGAUCAUAUGUUUCAGUUCAGCAAGUUCUCAGAAUAGAAAAAAUUUGACAUAAUGCUUGAUAUAAAACUAUAUUUUGUACACCAUCAAGCAUCAGUUCUAGGACUUUUAAUAUUCUGAAUUUUGCAACUUUGUUUUUACAUAAAAACACAGUGUGAGUGGUCUUCUGUGAUUUCCAUUAAACUAAAAUAAAAAAAUUAAAUAAACAAUC